UUCAGGGGCAUCGUGCAAUUAGUAUAAUUUUGCAAAGAUGUCCCUGCCUUUUUAUUUUUUUUCUUAAAAACAGCUUUUCACAUCGUAAGAGCCUUCCAGAUUCUCCCCACAGUCAAUCGAUUUCUUCCCGAUUCAAAGCUUCGUGUAGUAUCAACUAUUAUGGCAUCUUCAAGUAGCCAGAGUGGAAUUCAGCUCUUAUUAGCUGCCGAACAAGAAGCUCAGCAUAUUGUUAAUGCCGCCAGAUCUGCCAAGCAGGCGAGGCUGAAACAGGCAAAGGAGGAGGCUGAGAAGGACAUCGCUGAAUUCCGUGCUCAUGUAGAAGCUGAGUUUCAGAGGAAGCUAGCUGAGAGCAGUGGAGACUCGGGCGCUAAUGUGAAGCGACUGGAACAAGAAACUGAUGCAAAGAUUGGGCAUUUGAAGGGCGAGGCUUCAAGAGUUUCUCCCGAGGUUGUGUCCAUGCUUUUGAGGUAUGUGACCACGGUAAAGAACUAAGAUCAAUCUUGCUGCGCGGUUUGGCGAUACUAUGAAUUAUUUCUGUGGCUUUGUGUAAUAUGUUCGACUUGUGUUAUGAUGCUGUGUUCCUUGUGAUAGCCUCGUUUAUGAUGAUCCCUUACAUAUUUGUUUUCAAUUGCGGCCUCGUGGUAUUGUUGCCGUGUUAUGGAAUAAAGUCACUAUAUAUAUAUGCGUUUUGGGAAGUUUGUAUUUUGAUGAACAUUGUUCUCCGUUGAGGAGAACGUUAAUAUUUCUUUGAUUUUUCGA